UGACGCCGCUUUGGAGUGGGACGCUAGAUUGGGCUCACAUGCAACAAUACCUGCGCUAAGCGGUAUCCCUAGUACGUCGUCUCUAUUGCCCCAUCCGAACACGUAGCACAUACGCCGCGCGUCACGGCUGCGUUGUUGGUUCAACACCCUCGUUACAUGCUUCAAGCCCGAGGCUUGUGCGAGCCUGCGUCCGCCAAGCCGCGUGUACUCGGCACCGACGGAAACGAUGCUGCGGGCCAGCUCGCUGUCCGGCAGCGAGCACCGGGGCUCCUCCCACUCAAGUGAGAGAGCUGGCAGGGCCAAGUCACCCAAACGGGUGGCGAUUAUUGGAUCAGGACUUUCGGGCCUGAUGUGUGCGUAUACCCUCGCAAAUGCAGCAAAGGACGACGCAGCCGCCUCAGAAUCGGAGAAACGGUUACCAAUGUUUCAAGUCCACAUCUUCGAGAAGGCGAAGUCUCUGGGACUGGACAGCAAUAGCAUAUUAGUCAAGGAACCUGCUGGCAAGAGAUCGAUUCGCGUCGACGUGCCGAUGCGUUCGUUCAACUCGGGAUAUUAUCCUGAACUGCUCUCCUUAUACCGUCAGCUGGGAAUCGCAGUCGAGAAAUCAAACUUUACCUAUUCUUUUGCUUCUCUGGAACCUCAUGCAACAGCGCGGACGCCAUCGGAGCGUCGAGGGGCGCCAGUUCCUGACUUCAUCUACAACGGCCACUCAGGUGUUCACGGCUUUGGCAUGCCUUCGAGUCUAUUGAAGCUACUCCCGUCGCGCGCAACAUUUCGUUCGCCGUCCAAAGCGCUCAGUUACGUCAAGAGUGAGCUGCCCGUCGCAGUUUGGGCGUUACGAGACUACCUUGCCUUGGUGCUUUUCUUCGCGAUGUGCUACUUUCAACUUCUUUUCUACGCGCUCUUCCAUCACUUGUUGGGGCAUACGCGUGACCCGACCCACCCUCUUGCAUCUCGGCGAUUGGGCGAAUGGUCCUCUUCUGCGCACAUCAACACUCGUUUCAUCGAUGAUGUCAUCAUUCCACUCUUUAGCGCAGUCAUGACAUCCCAAGCCGACAGUGUGCGCAACGCGCCAGCGGCGGAAGUGCUGGAGUACGUCGCAUGCACAUUUCUGCGCUCGCACUAUACUGUUCAAGCAGGCGUACACGAAGUGCAGAAGGCCCUGUCGAAGCCGCUGUCGAAAGAAAGUAUCCAUACCGGAGCACAAGUCUUUGAAGUCUCCGACUGCGCAUCUGCCGUAGGGGUUGGCGGCAGGACGUUUUCGCUUCUCGUACGUGAUGUGGAAGGUCAUCUUCAGCUCUACGAGGAUUUCCACCACUGCAUCUUUGCGACGCAAGCAAGUCAGUCUGCCGAUUUCCUGAGAAAGUAUCUCCAGCGUUCUUCGAGCGUCGACAGCGGCAGGGAUGCGAUUCAAACGCAGCAAUUGCGGCAGAUGGUUCAACAGCUGGAACAAUUUCGCUACGAGCAUUCCUCAGUCAUCAACCAUACCGAUCAAUCGAUGAUGCCCCCUUCCAAGCGCGACUGGCGAGACCUGAAUCUCGUAUCGCCUAGCAUGCUUGGCGUCAAUGGCGCAGCGCACACUAAGGAGCUUGAUGACUCCGACGAUGAUGAUAACCGCAGCGCACCGCGCGGUCGAACACUCAGCGAAGGCCAGACGCAGACGAUGGCCACGCACCUCAUCGCACAAGACUUUCCGUCACCCAAUGGACCGCAACUGCUCAUGCAGACGACCAAUGCCCUUCGCGGCAUGACGCCGCGGCAGGAGACUGUGCUCAGUAUCAGUAAUUUCCAGCGAGCGAUCGUGACGAUCGAAGGCAAGGCGGCGCAGAAGGGCUUAUUUGACUGGGUCCGACAGUCCGAGGCGACCAGCGCAGUGAGAAAGUCAUCGCGCCAACAUCGCUUGAUGAAAUUGCUGCGUGACCCACUAGGCGUGCGAUGGCAGCUUCGCCUAGGCGAUUUGCAAGGUGGCUGGCAAAGACGACUGUCGACGCGCCAACUGCGGCGGGAGGUCGAUGGAGGAGGGGAAGCAGGGGGGCAACUAUGGGUCUGUGGUAGUUGGUCGCCUGGUAUUCCGCUACUCGAAGGUUGCGUACGGAGCGCAAGACUCGUGUGCGAGGAGAUUAUGAGGCAAGAGGGUAUUUAAUAAUUUCCCCCUUAAUGAAUGCUAAUGAUACAACAUGAUAGCAACCUGCAGAGCCGCAGCGCAACCUUAGUCACGCCGGCUUUACGAAAUCGCCCACCGCAAUGUCUCGCGCUCCUUGCGCGCUGCUUCCGCUGCUUCGGCGUUGAAGAUGCGAUUCUGCCGCUUCGCUUCCUCAGUCCAACGCCCUUUUGUGCCAUGGUUGAGCCUGGUGAGGAUGAUGGACGCCAUGCCUCUCGAGAGAUUCUCCAAUUUUGGUUGUCCAUCAGUAUCACCACUG